GGAGCGGGGCCGGGACCGGGGCUGGGACCCGGCCGGGACCCACGUGCCGUGCGGACCGAGAUGUGGCCGCUCCGCCUGAGCAGGACCCUGCAGCGAUGGGGGUGCCGGGUGGGCACCAGCAGCCAGCGGGCACAGCACAGCCCCGCUGCCACCGCCACUGCCCCCAAGCAUGUCCCUGGGUGGACGGGGCAGGAGAGCCUGGCCGAGAGCGACCCUGAGAUGUGGAGCCUGGUGCAGAAGGAGAAGGAUCGGCAGUGCCGGGGGCUGGAGCUCAUCGCCUCUGAGAAUUUCUGCAGCCGGGCGGCACUGGAAGCCCUGGGCUCCUGCCUCAACAACAAAUACUCCGAGGGAUAUCCUGGGAAGAGGUACUACGGGGGAGCCGAGGUGGUGGAUCAGAUCGAGCUGCUGUGCGAGCGGCGGGCGCUGGAAGCGUUCGACCUGGACCCCGCACGCUGGGGCGUCAAUGUCCAACCCUACUCGGGCUCCCCGGCCAACUUCGCUGCCUACACAGCCCUGCUGCAGCCCCAUGACCGCCUGAUGGGGCUGGACCUGCCUGAUGGGGGACACCUCACACACGGGUACAUGACCGAUGUCAAGAGGAUCUCCGCCACCUCCAUCUUCUUUGAGUCGAUGCCCUACAAGCUUGAUCCUACCACAGGACUGAUUGACUAUGCCCAGCUGGAGGUGACAGCCCGGCUCUUCCGCCCCCGGCUCAUCAUCGCUGGCACCAGCGCCUACGCCCGGCUCAUCGACUACGCCCGCAUCAAGAGGGUGUGCGAGGAGGUCAAGGCCUACCUGCUGGCAGACAUGGCUCACAUCAGCGGGCUGGUGGCGGCCAAGGCCAUCCCGUCACCCUUCGAGCACGCGGACGUUGUCACCAGCACCACACACAAGACCCUGCGCGGUGCCAGGUCAGGAUUGAUCUUCUAUCGCAAGGGCGUGCGCUCUGUGGAUAAGAAGACAGGCAAGGAGACCCUCUACGACCUGGAAGACAGGAUCAACUUCUCCGUGUUCCCUUCCCUGCAGGGGGGACCCCACAACCACGCCAUUGCUGCCGUGGCUGUGGCCCUCAAACAGGCCAGCUCCCCGGCUUUCCAGGAGUACUGCCAGCAGGUGCUGAGGAAUGCCAAGGCCAUGGCACAGGCACUGCUGCAGUGUGGGUACACCCUGGUGUCAGGUGGCACCGACAACCACCUGGUGCUGGUGGACCUGCGACCCAAGGGCAUCGACGGGGCACGGGCAGAGCGGGUGCUGGAGCUCGUCUCCAUCACUGCCAACAAGAACACGUGCCCGGGGGAUAGGAGUGCACUGACACCCGGGGGGCUGCGCCUCGGUGCCCCCGCACUGACCUCCCGCCAGUUCCGCGAGGAGGAUUUCCAGAAAGUCGUGGAGUUCAUCGAUGAGGGCAUCUCGCUGGCUCUGGACGUCAAGAGCAAAACCAGUAAGCUCCAGGACUUCAAGACUUUCCUGCUGCAGGACCCGGACACUCAGAGACGCCUGAGUGACCUUCGCCAGCGUGUCGAGACCUUCGCUCGUGCCUUCCCCAUGCCCGGUUUCAGCGACCACUGA